UACACUUCCCGGCGUGCUCUGCGCCGAGGAGGGGCGUUGCCAUGCAAAUGAGCCCGGCGGUCGCGGCUCGGAGCUCCUGGGCGUGCGGGGAGCGCAGCGCCGGGCCCGGGCGGCGGGACAUGAGCAGGCCGGGAACUUGCCGCCGCCGUUAGCCCGCUGCCGCCGCCCAGCCCUGCGCCAGCGCUAAGAUGGCGUCCAUGCUGCUACAGACCUGCGGCCGGCGGGCUUGUCGCCUGCCUCGAGCGCUGCGCCGCCAGCCCCAGCUGGGGAACCUGGGAGACCGGGCGUGCCUGAGCUGUACAUCCCUGAGGCUGGCAAACAACAUGGCUGUACACUUCAAAUACUGCACUAGCAUCCCUCCUCUUUACACCUACUCCAGAAAAACUCGCUCCUGUUGUUGGACUAAAGGAUCUCAACAAAUCCACUUUACUCUCAUCAGCCCUUCUGCCUCAUGGACACCACUAGCAAGCAUGGGUGUUUUAGGUCCCCAGUACCUUCCAGUUAGAUGGUGGCACUCGUCACGGCCCCUUCAAGACGACUCCAUAGUCGAGAAGUCCCUGAAGUCCUUAAAGGACAAGAACAAGAAGCUGGAAGAAGGUGGUCCUGUAUAUAGCCCAACAGAAGUGGAAGUUGUAAAGAAGUCCCUCGGGCAGAGGAUUGUGGAUGAACUGAAGCACUAUUACCAUGGCUUUAGGUUGCUGUGGAUUGACACAAAGAUAGCUGCCAGGAUGCUCUGGAGGAUACUGCACGGCACCACUUUGUCCCGUCGAGAGCGGAGACAGUUCCUCCGGAUAUGUGCCGACCUUUUCCGCCUGGUCCCUUUCCUGGUUUUCCUUGUUGUCCCUUUUAUGGAAUUUUUGCUUCCAGUAGCUCUGAAGUUGUUCCCUAAUAUGCUUCCCUCUACAUUUGAGACAAAGUCUAAAAAGGAAGAGAGAUUGAAGAAAGAAUUGAGAGUAAAGCUUGAACUGGCCAAAUUCCUUCAAGACACCAUCGAGGAGAUGGCCUUGAAAAACAAAGCAGCCAAAGGAAAUGCUACAAAAGACUUCUCAAUGUUCUUUCAAAAGAUCAGGGAGACCGGUGAACGACCCAGUAAUGAGGAGAUCCUGAGGUUCUCUAAACUCUUUGAAGAUGAGCUGACUCUGGACAACCUAACCAGACCUCAGCUGGUGGCACUUUGUAAACUGUUGGAGCUCCAGUCAAUUGGGACAAACAACUUUCUCCGCUUCCAGCUGACCAUGAGGUUGAGAAGCAUAAAAGCAGACGACAAGAUGAUUGCUGAAGAAGGAGUGGACACCCUGACCGUGAAAGAACUGCAGGCAGCCUGUCGUGCCCGAGGAAUGAGAGCUCUUGGUGUGACAGAGGAGCGUCUCAAGGAGCAGCUCAAACAGUGGUUAGAUCUGCACCUGAACCAGGAAAUCCCAACAUCAUUGCUUAUUUUAUCCAGAGCCAUGUAUCUGCCAGAUACCCUUUCUCCAGCUGAUCAGCUCAAAACAACACUUCAGACCCUACCAGAGAGUGCUGCCAAAGAGGCUCAAGUCAAAGUGGCAGAAGUUGAAGGGGAAAAAGUGGAUAACAAAGCACGGCUGGAAGCGACGCUUCAAGAAGAGGAAGCCAUCAGGAAAGAAAAUGAAGAGAAAGAGAUGGAAAGAUUGUCUGAAGCUGCAGAGAAAGCCAAAGAAACCCUUCAGGUUGCAGCAAUGAAAGAGGUGGAUUCAGCAGUAGAUCUCGAAGCAGCUGCUCUGCAAGUUAAGAAAAGCCCAAUGGCUGUGGCUACUGAGCAAGAGCUGGCCAGGGCAGAGCUGGCGAUGCACUCGGAGACCUUGAAGGACACAGCGCCAGUACUGGAAGGUCUGAAGGGUGAGGAGAUCACCAAGGAGGAGAUUGACAUGCUGAGUGAUGCUUGCACCAAGCUGCAGGAGCAGAAGAAAGCACUAACAAAGGAAAAGGAGGAGCUGGAGGAACUGAAGGGUGAUGUCCAGGAGUACAAUGAGGAUUUGCAAGAGAUAAAAGAACUCUCUAAAGCUGGCCAGGAAGAGGCAGUGGAAGAGUCAAAGGCAAGCAAGCGACUGACCAAGAGAGUGAACCGAAUGAUUGGUCAGAUAGACAAAAUUAUUACUGAACUGGAGACUAAUCAAAAGACAGUGGAUGUGAAGCUGGACAGUGGGGCCAGUCCUCCUGCUGGGGAGAAUCUCAUCAGCAUCGCCGAGCUCAUUAAUGCCAUGAAGCAAAUCCAGAAGAUUCCAGAGGAGAAGCUAACCAGGAUUGCAGAGGCCCUGGAUGAAAACAAGGAUGGCAAAAUUGACAUAGAUAAUGUUGUAAAGGUAGUAGAACUGAUUGACAAAGAAGAUAUUGAUAUUGGCACCAGUCAGGUUGCUGAGAUUAUGGCACUGCUUCAGAAAGAAGAAAAACUGGAAGAGAAGGAGAAAGCAAAGGAAAAGCAUGAUAAAGAAGCUGCAGAAGCAAAGAAUUAAGCUUCAGAAUCUGAAGCUGAUCCCAACUGUAACCAAAACCUUGUCUAUCUCUCUGUGUGUCUAAUGGCUACAUAUGACUUGAGCUUUAUGAUUUAUGGGAAGUGUUUUCAGCUGAUUCUAGUAAUAAAUCCUAGCUAUGUUUUCUGACUUAUGGAAUGAAAUUUCUGCUCAUCAGAGAAGUGGUUUGCUGUCAUUCCAUACGGAUGAAAACAAACCCUGCUUCUUUUAGCGGUGCUUCUGCCCACAGAAUCAUCCAUUUGCACUCAUUGUGGUACAGUGAUCCAUGACACUUGUAAGUUUGCUGUAUAAAUUAAGUGUAGCUAUCAUGGGUGGGGGAAAGAAGUGUUUCCCAUUGAUUUUUCUUUCAACAUUACAUGGGGCCCAACCUUGCUCUGCUUCUACCUUUACUUUUUUAGGCUUUUCAGAAUUGAGUACAAACUUCCCCUUCAAUAUUACAUGUUUUGUAAGCUCUCAGUGAAGAUAAUGUGGCUUCAGUAGUAGCUUUUUUGAGGUUUAUUUGAGCUAAAGAUCACAAAGCUGUUGCCUCACUGACAGAGAAUGUGGCAUUCUAAUCACUUUUAUAGAUUCAUGAGGAUUCUUUAUGGUGUUUUUUUCCCUAGAAUGGAAACUUCCCAUGAAGUUUGCUUCUUAUGGGUGCCUUAAAUUUCUUAAGACUAGGGAGUAGAGGGUGUUGCUCUUACUCACAAUUCCAUGAGUUAGGAAAGCAUUGGAAUCACAGGAGCCUUUCAAGUGGUGUCAGGCAGGAAAGGGACUUGAAGUGUCUGUCUCAAUAGCAGAAAGGGGAAAUGUCAGUUGUGGUCUCUUUCCAUGUAGUUGUUACAAAUGAGUUUUCUUCACAUGUUUGUUGAUUUCCAUCUGAUGAUGAUUUCCACCCCCAUAACUAGUUCUCUUACCUCUCAGUUUUCAUCUCAGGUUCAAAAUCACUAAGAGAUGUAGUCAAAGGACAUCAAUACUUGGAUCUCACUGUGCAGUCAGUGAGUGAUGGCUGGUGGUGCCAAGGGUAGUGCCAGUGCUUCAACUGCAUCAGUAAUUGCUUGUAGUUACUGUCUUUAGCUGUGUGAUCAAACACUGACAGUAGGCCAUGGAAUCACAGAAUGGUUUGGGUUGGAAAAGACCUUUAAGAUCAUCCAGUCCAACCGUUCUUUAACUCUGUCAAGGCUGGUGCUAGACCAUGGGCCUAAGCACCAAAUUUCUGCCUCUUUCCAACACCUUCAGGGAUGGGGAUUCAACCACCUCCCUGGGCAGCCUGUUUCCAGUCUUUGUGAACCCUUUCAGGGAAGAAUUUUCUUCUAAUGUCUAACCUAAACCUCCCCUGGUGCAACUCCAGGCCAUUUCCUCUUGUCCUUUCAUUUGUUACUAGGGAGAAGAGACCAACCCCCACCUCACUGCAACCUCCUUUCAGAGAGUUGUAGAGAUCAAUGAGGUCUCCCCUGAGCCUCCUCUAGGCUGAACAACCCCAGUUCCCUCAGCUGCUUCUCACAAGACCUGUCCUCCAGACCCUCAAAGGUCAAGGUUUACCCAUUAAUACCUGUCCUUAGCAGUAAUUUUUGUUUCCAGUUUGAAACCCAAAAUACCAACUCUGAGCUGUGCCAUAAGUCCUGGUAGUCUUGAGUUUUUCCACUCUUCCUUCAAAUCUGCUCUGAAACACACAACAGUGUGAGUUGAACCAGCAGGGCUGUGGUUUGAGCUUCUCUUCUUAUCUUCCUUCUGUGUCCUAAAAUCACUGAACAUUCUUGAUUUGAUCUUUUGUGCACAAACAGUGGCACUGUACACAGUGAUCCUGAGGUGGGCAGUCGGUACUUGAUGCUUUUAGUCACAGUUGCUUGUUUUGGUAGAGCAUGUUGACUCCCAAGCAUAUUUCAGCAGAAUUCCAUGGUCAGUAUUUGUCUAGAUUGGUUAAAUUAUUUGUAAAGGGAAAAAAAACCCAAACAACCAAAAAGCUUUUAUUUGAACUUGGUGGAACAAAAAAAAAACCCCAAACCAACCCCUCACCCAACAAUUUGAUAGUCUCAUGGCUUGCCUGAUGGACCAUUGUACUUAGUUGUUGUUUAAAAAGCAAGGUGUACAGAACCAUGAGCUCCAGAGGAGGGGUCAGUGUUUGGUUCCAGUGUUCAGUUCCUGUUCUGUCCAGUUUGCAUAAAACAAAGCAGCUGACCCUGAGUCAGCUCCUCCUGUAGCUGAGGUGGGAAGCUGCUGUGCCACAGCUGGAAUUGCCCAGCAGUACCAGCUAUGGAGCUGGCAUAUCCCUGAAGAGGGAGCUGUUCAUAGCAUCAUGGUUAGGCUUGGAAGGGACCUCCAAAGGCCAUCCAGUCCAACCCCCCUGCAGUCAGCAGGGACAUCCUCCACUAGAUCAGGUUGCUCAGAGCCUUGUCGAGCCUGACCUUGAAUAUCACCAGGGAUGAGGCCUCAACUACCUCCCUGGGCAGCCUGUUGCAGUGUUCCAGCACCCUCAUGGUGCAGAACUUGUUCCUGAUGUCCAAUCUAAAUCUGCUCCUCUCUAAUUUCAAAUCAUCUCAUCACUACAGGCCUUUGGAAGCAGUCCCUCUCCAGUCAUGAGGGUUGGAAAAAGACCUUUCAGAUCAAGUUCUUCCUUCCUGUCCUCCUCUAAUUGUGAU